GCUUCACUAUGGGAACUCACGGCCAACGCCGGUAGCUCAUGUCAUUCCCGGUCGGGUAACGCGGCGGCAACGGCAGAAGCUGGUGGCGGCAAGGGCAGGCUGUGUCUGUGAAAUGAGACCAUGACAACUGAUGAGGCUACAAAGAAGGAAGGAGAGGUCCAGAGGGCAACUCUUGCUGAACAAGGCGAGGAUAUCACACCAAACAAAGACCGAGGAGUUCUGAAGAUUGUGAAGAGGCCAGGGAAUAAGGAUGAAUCUCCUAUGAUUGGAGAUAAGGUUUAUGUCCACUACAAAGGAAAGCUGGCCAAUGGGAAAAAGUUUGAUUCCAGCCGUGACAGGAAUGAGCCAUUUAUCUUCAGUCUGGGCAAAGGCCAGGUCAUCAAGGCAUGGGAUAUUGGGGUUGCCACCAUGAAAAGGGGAGAGAUCUGCCACUUGCUGUGUAAACCAGAAUAUGCAUAUGGUUCCGCUGGAAGUGUCCCAAAGAUCCCCUCAAAUGCAACACUCUUCUUUGAGAUUGAGCUGCUUGAUUUCAAAGGGGAGGAUUUAUUUGAGAAUGGAGGUAUCAUCCGCAGAAUCAAACAGAAAGGUGAAGGAUAUUCCAACCCUAAUGAAGGAGCUGCUGUACAAAUUCAUCUGAAAGGAUUCAGUGAUGGCAGAAUGUUUGAUUGCAGAGAUGUAGCAUUCACUGUUGGAGAAGGAGAAGACCAUGACAUUCCCAUUGGAAUUGACAAAGCUCUGGAAAAGAUGCAAAGGGGAGAGCACUGUAUCCUACAUAUUGGAGCCCAAUAUGGAUUUGGUGAAUCAGGGAAGCUUAAAUUUGGCAUAGAGCCAAAUGCUGAACUUGUGUAUGAAGUUACACUGAAAAGCUUUGAAAAGGCCAAAGAAUCGUGGGAGAUGGACACCAAAGAGAAACUAGAACAGGCUGGCAUUGUCAAAGAGAAAGGGACUGUGUACUUCAAGGAAGGCAAGUACCUGCAGGCAGUCAUUCAGUACGGGAAGAUUGUGUCCUGGUUAGAAAUGGAAUAUGGCUUAUCGGAAAGAGAAUCUAAAGCUUCAGAAUCCUUGUUACUGGCAGCCUUCCUCAACCUUGCCAUGUGCUACCUGAAGUUGCGGGACUAUGCUAAAGCUAUUGAGUAUUGCAAUAAGGCAUUAGCUCUGGACCAGGCCAACGAAAAGGGCUUAUACAGAAGAGGUGAAGCACGACUAUUCAUGAAUGAAUUUGAAUUGGCAAAAUGUGACUUUCAGAGAGUGCUAGAAGUAAAUCCACAAAACAAGGCAGCCAAGUCACAAAUCACUGUGUGUCAGAAGAAGACAAAGGAGCACAAUGAGCGUGACCGAAAAAUAUAUGCCAACAUGUUCAAGAAAUUUGCAGAGAGAGAUGCAAAGGAGGAGGCCAGUAAAACCACAGGGGAGAAAGAAGAAAAGUCAUGCUCUGAAAUUGGACUUAAGAAGACAAUGACUGAAGGCAAAGAAGCAGAGGGCCAUGUAUGAUUGUGCAGCAGAAGGACAAUCCUUCUGAAUUCGGCCUGCAGUCAAACAGGUUUCUGAAGAACUUAGAAUUCAACAGUGUUUAUUGUAAACCGUAGGCGUUAUUGUGGAAGCAAAAAGCCUAUUCAGCAGCUUCACAAGAAACUAUAAAUCAUCGCCACUGCUGUGAGCAUUCUCAGCAGUGGAACAUGAGCAAAGGGACAGUAUGGGGACCACUCCAAGUGGAACAAAUGGUUAAAACAAACACACACAAUGCCUCCUGGUUAUAGAAGAUUUUUACUGAGAUGGUUCAGACAGAACUCAAUUCAGUUUGCAUCAGUUCUAAAGGCAGUGACCAGGGUUCUAUAAAAUGAGUUAGCAUAUAGGAGCUGUCAGCUGUAUAAUUUUGGCAUUGCAUUUGGUGUUCUGUAGUAGCACCAUAUUGGUGUAUGUUGUCUGUUUUAAACAAAAACAAACAAAAAGAUCCAACUGCUACCAACUCGAGGCAUCACUCUAGCACUACUAGAACCGUGUGGAAAACCGGUUUAUAGACUUGAAAGCCAGACUCCUGGGAUCUUUUUCUGUGUCUUAUAUUUCUGAUGGGUUUUUGUAGCACAAACUGGUUUCUCAGGGAGGUGAGUAGUCCAAGUUACACUAUUAUUCUUAAAUAAUUGCUUGCUGGAAAGGUUCCUGACCCAGUGAUGAUUGAACAUGUCAGCUUCUGCACAUGAGCAUUUUUUCUAUCCCCAUUCCUAGUGGUGCAAAAGAUUAUCAGCCCUGUCAGUUACAACAGCACCAAUAUGCUACUGCAAGGAGGGAGAAAGGGACACCUGGACCGAGUUAGGUUCUCCCUUCUCUCCACAACACCAGUUGGGUGAGGGCACAUUUAUACUCAAGUUCAGUUGCCUGGUUUUUUUUAGAGACUUCUCUUGCUGAACUGGAGGAAAGGUAUGCAGUGAAAGAUUUGGAUCUUGGGUUCAGUCCUUUUCAAGGGCUUUUUGAAUGCCUUUCCUGAAAUCAUAAUAUAGCAAGUAAUCAGGAUAUUUAAAAAAAUUAAUUUCCUUUUAGGAAAUUAUUAUAUUUAGUCCUAUUAGCAAUGCAGUUAUGUGUUUUUCCAUCACAUUAAAAACAUUUUAAGAAACAAAGGUAAUUAUUUGAUUUUAAACACUGCUUUUUUUGAUAAAAACUGAGGUGCCAGUACUCAUCUCUUGAUAAAAAUGCUGUGGAUGACAGCACAAAAUGGUUGCUAUGGACAGCAAAAAAAAGAGGUGCCAGUACUCCAUACCGCUGAGUACUGUAACAAAAAAAACCCUGGCUUUAAGAUUUUUUCCUCAUGUUAGGAUUUCUAUCUCAAAUUCUUAUUUGGAUUUCUUCCUGGAAGCUGUGCUCCUAUCUUGUUUUUGUUUGCCUUUAUAAAGCAAAGAUGGUCCAUUCUGAAUCCUACAAAUGGUUUUUAAAGUUGUUUUUGGCUUAAAGCAGCAGGCUUUCACUGCAGAUGAAGUAUCAGAGUAAUAUCAAUCCGCAUUAUAUCUCAAAACCCAUAACAGCACUGAAAUGCAUCGUCUACCAAUCCCCAGAGAAAGAUAAUUGUACUCAUGUCCCAUUAAAACUGUAAUGACUUAAGUGUGAAUAAUUUAUCUGGGUUUGGGUCAGUAAGGUUACUGAUCUGUGAUGGAGUGCAAACACAUUCAUGGCAUAUCCUGCUAUAGCUCCAUUACAGACUAGGGCAUUUUGCUUUCCUGUAUAUCAGAUAAACAACAUUGCUAUGUUUUCAAAGAAAGAGUUUAAAAAAUUACUCUAACCUUUAAAAGAGAAUUAACAAAGACUUCUUUUCCUGUUAACAUCUGCUUAAAAAUUCAUUUUCUUUUUUCCUGUUUCUUCCUGGACCUGCUGGGAGCAUAGUUUUCUCUGUCUCUCCUUUCCACUUCACUGUUUGAUUGUGUAUAAUUACAACAAGCAGAGAAGAGCUAAAAUCUUACUGGGAGUGUGUUCAAAUCAAACAAGGUGCUUUUUGGUUCCAUUUCUCCUGGUAACAUGCCCAUAAACAGUCGCUGAAUUGGAUACACACAAAUGUUCUGUUCUGGUAGGGUUCAUCAUUUGAAAUAGGAAUUAUAGUUUCCUGCUGCCUAUUCUGUUCACUUUAAAGCAGGCUAAAACUCAAUUAACACAGCCAAUCAUGACCAUCAAAUUGUUGAACACUUUUCUACAUAAUGAAAGUGCUUUCUACAUAAUGAAAGUGGUUGCGCACUUUUCACAAACCCAGAUUGCUGUUCAGGAUGCUGUGAGAUGAAAGGAUAAAAUUACACUAAAUAUGCACUGAAUAGCAAUUUGGCCACAUGACAUAAUGUUCAUACAACCAUUUUGCUGCAUGGCCAUUUCUGUACCAAAUCUUAAGCUACUUUCAUGAACCAAAUUGAUAAAGGAGGGAACAUGUCAUUCAAGAUUCAGAUUGCAGUUCAUCGUUUUCAGUUGUGUUUUUUGUGGUAAUAAAAUCCUAAGCCACAUGAGUUAUGUGAAGGUCUUAAACAUCCAUCAAAAACUAUAUAGAAGGUAAAAUCUGCCUUCAGGGGGCUCUCACUAUGUUUUUAUCCAGACAAUGAUGAUGAUUUGCAGUGCUAGUAAGAAAGACCAAGUUGGUAGCCUUGACUUUUGAUUCCUAACAAAAUUAUCUCUCUCCAGUGAAUGGUAAAACUGACUCAGCCCUCAGUACUUUCUUGUCACAAAUGUAAGAAAGGACAAGCUACUUAGCAGAGUUGUUAAAAUAACUUGUGAAAUGGUUCUAGGCAGACAUUGUGCUUGACUAGAGUUUCAGGUUUGCAAUGACCAUACAGGAAAGACUUUUUAUCUAAAGCAGACAUGGUUUUGGUGCAUGAAGGCCUCACGGACUGGCUUAUCUCACAACAGGGAGCAGCAGUACCUGCUAAUCUAUUAUGUCCUCCAAAGAUGAAAUUUGAGGAUGAGGAGAAUAAUAGUCAUGUCAUAUCCAAAAUAUAUCCAAGUCUUAUAGAGUUCCAUAGUGGAUUUUAAGUUUCCUUCUACUCUCCUAAAACCUAUGUCUGGGGCAAGGUAGCCACUAAGCACAAUCCUAACCAUGUCUAUUCAGAAGUAACUCCUGUUAAAUUCAGUGGGGCUUACUCCCACUUAAGUGAUGUUAGGAUUGCAGCCUUAGCUUAUCCAUCUUUGCCAGUAUUCACAUUUUGUCUUGUGGCUGUGUCAUGUGGUGAGCAUUCCAUAAUUUCCUUAAGCUGCCCUUGUCUUGGCUCAAAUAAUGCUUCCUCUUUUUCCUACAUCAUUGCUCAGUUACUUUCAUUUACCAUCAAAUUGCCUACUAAUCACAGAACUUUGUUGAGGGUGCCUGACAAUUUAGUAUCACAUGCCUAGUGUGGUUUGGAAACUUGAACCUCUACAGGUGGAUGUUCAAGCAAUUUCCUGUUUUGCAAUCCAGUAGAUCUGUAGACUAUUUUUAGUUUUAUGUCCGUUGGAACAUCAAGAUAACUAUAUCUACCUCAGUACUAAGUGGCUGUCAUUUUGUUCUUGAACAUAGCCAUUUGAUGUUCAAUUUCACGCUCUAAACUAAAUUGGCUCUUUUUAGAAAUUCUGUUCCGUGCUGAACUAGAAUCUCUGUUAUAUUGUUCCAAAUGAUUUGCACUAGCCCAAACUUUGUGGAACUUAGAUUAGGCUUUGCUAAAGAUAUUAUUGUAAAAGGAAAGUGACUUCUAAGCCCUCUUUGCUAUGUGACACAGAAGUGAUAGAUCUUUUUUUCAUCAAAAAGGAAGGAUCACACACUCCCUAUUAAUAGUGGAAUGCUCGGUGCUGGUAGGGGCUACUUAUCCUAUGCUACCAGAGGGUGGCAGCUCUAGUUGCCAGCAAGUUGGUCCAAAAUCCAGCUUUUACUUGUUGAAGUCUCCUGCUGAGAAAAAGGAAGCAGAAUUGCCAGCAGACCACUUGCUGAAAUGUUUUCUCAAUGUGCCAAAACAUUGCUGAUUGUGCACUGCCUUUUCUAUGCUGCCUCCCUCACACUUCUUGUGACUGUAUGGUGCUCUCACCAGAAGGAGGAUGGCAUAACUUAACCUAUUCAUGCACAUCUUAUUUAAUGUGUUUGGAUUAUGGGAUGUGAGAGAGAUGUAUUUCUUACCAGUUGGUAUCACCUUGUCCUUCAUUUUGAUGCUACUGAUUCAGGUGGCCUUUUUACUCUGCUAAGUCAGUUCAAAGACAUAAUUAUAUAUAUUCAUUGUAUUUGUGUUGUAAUAAUGGACUAAAAAUCCAGUUGUAGUUCUUAUUAAGCCAGCUUUCAAACUUCACGGCCACCACUGACAAUAUAUUUUCCUAUUGCAAGAGUUCAGUGUCCACUUCUGAUCCAUCUGAAGUGCAGACAGUGCCAAAUACUCAUUCUUAAUAUCAUCUUAUUUGGGACUUUUUUGGGGGGGGGAGGGUUGGUCAAGAGCAAUUUAUCCUGGAACCAUGAAAAUCUAGACAUUUUGUGAACUUCACCAAUUUCCUCAAAGCCUUAAUUCAACAGCCAGAAUUAAUAACAAAUUUAACCUGAUUUGCUAUUCCCUCCUGCCAUUACUUUGAUGCUCAUGUCCAGGGAUCCAUAAAUUCUGGCUGGUCUUGGUAGUUGACCAAAAUGUGUAGUUACUACCAAAUCUGCCUGUUGCCCACUUUGUGAAAAGGGCAGAGGCUUGUGCCUGCAUUAAUAACGGCCUUGGCUUUCAGCAGCACUCUGAAGGAGCAAAAACUGUUCGAGUGCUUCUGAGGUCCAGUGUGACUUCAGAGGUGAGCAUUUACUAGUCUCUCACUUUGUGCCUUCAUUUACUAGGUGAAAAGACGUGUUUGCCACUGGCAAGAGUCCAUAACCAUGUUCUUCACUGUUUCUGUUGGUCUAAAAAUUAAAAUGCAAGGCAUUGCCUCUGAGUCAGCAGUUUCUGCAUUCCCUAUGGAAUCUUGUUUCCUUGCUAGAAUGACCUAGCAAUGCCUAGUCAUGUCUUAAGAACUCAGUACCAGAAUGUAGGUUGGUAAUAAUCCCAACAGAUUGAAGAGGCCUUGCAGUUUAAUAGUUUGAAAGGUUUUCUCAACAACUAAAGACAAGACACAGCUACCUAGAACUGGCAGCUGCCCCUCUUACAGUAGUAUUGGUACCUGGAAUACAACACCCAGAAUCUGUUGCCUGAGGCAUCCAUCUUACUCUGCCUAAUGACAGAGCUAGCCCUGGGUGCAAGGCCACUUCACACGUUUUUCUAAUACAAGAUUAAUGCAAGUGUUGGGGAAACUGUGUAAAACAGUUAACCAAAUUACUAAGAGGACAGGUGCCUAUCCACUCCUGGCUCACCAUGCAGCUGAUGUUUGAAUAGUAGAAGGCAUAGUACCAGCUGUAGGAGCGGAAUGAUUAUUUUGGGGGAUGAGGUGUGCAGAACAGAGAGAUAGAGACACAUGUAACCUUCAUAGCUUAGCUCUUUGCUAUGAAAAGAGCUGUGAUGUGGAGGUUGUGGAACUUGGGUAUUCUUUCUCCGUAAAAUACUGUAAACUAUUUAAUACCAGGAAACAGAGCUACGUACUCAGCCCCCAUAGAACACUGCUGUACUAAGCACAGCACAAAACUGGGGGAACUAUGUGUGUAGCACUACUGCAGGGAGAGUUGGCUGUCCAAGUGCUUGCCCUGGGACAAUUGUUACAUGCCCCUUGUGAACAGGUAAAUAGCAAACGGCAAGGCUGGUAUAAAAAUGAAAUAUGUGGGUAGCUGCAUGAAUGCUCUGUAUUGUUCCCAGUAUAUGUGUUGGGUAGCCAGGAAGCCUGCACAUGUGGUGGUAUUCUGAUGUGUUAUUUGUACUAAUAAUUUACCUCACUUUAAAUUUGCUAAGGCCGCACAAUGAAUCUGUGGGUAUCUCUCACACACCUAGUCCAGCCUCCUUUUACUAGGCUGCACUGGUUCUCAGCCCCCACAGUGAAAUAGAAAUAUGGCCCGGUGCACACUACUUUUUCAUGCAGCUUUUCUGGCUUGAAUGCUUAUCUCCUUGUCGGGGUGGGUGGGGAAAUAACAUGAAGUGGCCUUGAAAGUGAGAGAGGACUGAGAGUUUCAAUUACCAUUUACAGAGAAAAACACAGAGCAGGCCAUCAACCUUUCCAGGCCAGAGACUCUGCACCUCCCCUUGUCAGGGAAAUAAAUGCCUUGCUCCAGUGAUGCAAAGGCAAUGCUACCAAAUAUCCUAUUACAAGCUGCUUUUAGCUUAGCUUCAGCGCUUGGGAGAACAAAGGGAAUGAUACCUUAUUCUGAAGUGUCCUCAAAGCCUGCUGCAAAUGCAGCAGGAGCUCAAACACACUAUGCCCUUAAGAGGUGAUGUUCAUUCACUGUCUUUUUCUCUCUUCAUUCAAACCUUUCCUGCAGAUGUAGGUUUUUCAAAGUCCAUUUAUUUUUCACCAGUUAUAUUUGAGAUACUGCUACUCAGGCAGACAUCUGAAGCCUCUCUCUUCCAUGCUGCUGGAGGCAAAUAAGUCUAUACCACAAGUUAUAUCCAUUUAUUCUUUUCAGUAAUGAAUCAAAGAAGCACAGCUAAAGCAGUACUGUAAAUCUGUUGAAGGGUGCAAAUGUCAUGCAUUUUGGGGAUUUGGGCAUAUAACAUUUUUGGAAUGGAGAAGCAGUGUAGAAAUACCCUCACCAUAUUUAGUUCAAAUAUACAUUUUCCUCUUCUGGGGCAAACACUUAAAAACCAGUUUCACAAAUCUGUAGUGUUGUUAAAUUUGAAGCAAACAAAAACCAGCUGCAGAAUGUGCUGAUUGGCAAGUGCCAGUGACAUGACCAUUGUGCACAUGCAUACACAUCAAUUCCCAGAGCAGAUUUGUGUCUUUUAUUUCAUGUUUGCAUUUUUUAAAAGGUAAAGAAGAAUGACUAAAUGUACAUAUGCCCCUUUUUGGGUUAAAGUGCAUAAUCUACCUGAAGCAGGAUGGGAAGAGCAAAACUGAUGAUUGACGCUUCAGCCUCCUUUCCUUAUACAUACCUGGAGUCCAGUAAUUUUGCAUGCCCAGCUGGCUAUUAUCAUAGAAUAGCUAGAAAGUAGAAUUCAUUAAUUCAGUAAGGAAAAUUCCCGUUUCUCACUUUUACCCAUCUUUAUUUCUUUUAUGCAAAGCCAAAAAUAAAGAGUUGUAAACCAAUUCCCUUCCCAGGGCUGUGGAGUCGGUACGCCAAACCUUUGACUCCAACUCCUCUAUUUUUCUACUGUCCGACUCUGACUCCUUCAUAAAUGGCAAAUGUAUAUUAACUAGUAAUAACAAAUUUACUGUAGUAAAAUGGUAGCACAAGGCAUUUCAUCGCCAUCACGUGAAUCAUCAGGCUAGAUUGAUAGAACAUAAAAUAUAUUUAUUUGAUUAAAAUUUCUGAACAAGAAAACUUUCCUAAAUUCCUAUGAAAGUUUUUAUUUUGAAGCCGGAGUUGGACUCCACCCAAAAUUGCUUCCGACUCCACAGCCCUGUCCCUUCCCCCAAUUAAGCAUCCCCCCAAAUGAUUGUGUUCUGACUGUAGUACACCUACAGGAGAAGCAGUUUUGAAUCUUUGUCAGCAUUGCAUCUUAGUUCUGUUUUCUUUCCAGUAACCAGGGUCUUGCUGUUUGAAGAAAAUGUCUCCAAUGUAAUUUUAAGUUGUAAAGAGCAGCCUGACAGCAUCAACCUACAUCUUUCACUAAAACAAAAUAAUACAAUUUUAAGUGUGGCAUGGCUCUGCUGAGUGGAAGGUAACAAAUGGAAGUCAUUUUUAAUAAAAGGAAUAGGGAGGCUGGUUUUAUGCUGUUUAAGAUAGCAUGUCACUGGUGUGGUGCGGAGGUGGAUUGUUCCAAGAGUAUUUUAGUGAUCUGUGUAUUCUUGGAGAGUGGGACCUUCUCAGAACACCUCUUACAAUGACUUAAAACACUUAUCAGUGUUGGGGAAAUUGUUUUAACCCCUACUUGUGUCAAAAACAUGAAACAAAAAUAAAAUCUGACCUUUUUUCCACCA